AAAAUCUGGACCUUGGAGACUCCAAAGAACUUCCCUGCACUGUUGGCAAGGAGAAGAAAGCACAGGAUCAGGACCCCUAAGCAGAUGUUUCAGAUGGGAGGAUUCAGAACAAGUCCAUGAAGAGGAGGAAGGAAAACUGAAACUCCCUCCAUGCCACAUUUGAUUCUUCUUCCUUUUCUUCUGUUUUUAUUUCAAAGAUACCUUGUGUUUGCUUAUUUAAAAAAAUAUUCCAAAUGCCAUUAAAGAGUGUGACAUUUUAAAAAACGAACAAAGUCUGACAUGAUUGUUAACAAUGGUGCAUUUUUGCUUCAAUAAUAUUAAAUCAUAAGAGGGGGGAAACAAUUCAGCAAACAACGUUCAGAUCACUCAUCAGUAGAUAUUCAGGCACAUCUGCUAAAAGAGCCUUCUCCAGAGGGAAGGAAACAAGUUUUUAGAAGUGACAGAGGCACAUGAUCUUUCCCCAACAUGCCCCCAAGAUUCAGCACAAUGACCAGCCAGCAUUUUGCCAGUAUCAGAAAAAAACAGUUGCUUUAAAGAAAACCCCAAACUCAGAGAUGUAAAUCAUGCAAAUGACUUCAUUGCCAGUAAUCUGUUUCCUGUUCCUGUUCAAAUAUUUUGAACUGACAAAAUCGAACAACUACUAUCCUGGUGCUUUCUCUUUUAUUUGCUACAUUCUCCUCAGAUAACAUAUUUCUUCAAAUCCAGUUUGACUGCAAAACAGUUUCCUGAAUUUGGGCAUUUAUAGGUAAGAUGGUCUUUUUCUGCUAUGGAUAGGCUGGCUUUAACCUUCUGGAUUCUGUUGUGUAGCUUCAAGAGAAAGCAAUGGUAAUAAUGAAGUGGACAACACAAAUGCUAUGUGUUUUGCUCCUUUUGAAUGUUAAAUCACUGUUAAGCUAGGAGAGGAUUGGGCAUUUUUGUGUCCAGUGGUGCAACUGGGUAUGUAAAGGUGAUAGAGUGGGCAACUUUACUGUUUUGGGUACUAUCAUGAACUCUGUCUAACCUCACAUCAGUCAUUCAAUGAAAUACUGCCUGGUGCUUCUACUGGUAAGAGUUCCUGCUGGGCACCACACACUCCUUUGCAAUCUGACUCACAUCUCUUUGGGUGGGUAUCAUCUUUACCAAAAAUACCUCAGCCUGAACCACAGAAACUCAGCCAGGCUUGACGUUGCUGAAACAGAUGUACUGCUGGGUUCCUCUGGUGCCUGAACAGGACAGUGAAAGGGAAGUUUAUGUGACAGAUGUAGGGUCCUUGGCCUCCUAGUUUUCUGACCUUCAUAGCUUGUGGUCUUCCACAGAAUGUGCCAACAAGGGUUGGCACUCCACCCAAGGAAGGGUGGCAUAUGGUUAGCUCAUUGAGCUCAUCUCCAGCUACAGAUUUGCACAGGUAGGAAAACAGUUUAUAUUUCUACAAAGACAUAUGCGUUUAUUCAGGAGGGUUUUGAUUUUUGUCAGGGGACACCAUCAGUGAUUUUCAAAAUGAUGUGGCCCUGCUGUCUUUAGCCUUGACACCUUUCAGUGGCCCUGCUCUUGUGCCUUUGGGCCAUCAAUACAUGAAAGUGAAUGUUCUGAACAUUUCUAGUGGGAUUUAAACUUCGUUUGGUUUGCUACACAGUUCUCUCUAACCUUUGUUACCAGGCUGUUGUAAGGAUAAAAUGGGCGAUUAAAAGAUUGCCAUCUGUGAGGUUAGGUUCUAUCCCCUCCCCAGUGGAUAGGAAAAACCUCUGGCACUUUCUGCAGUGUGUUUUGGACCAUAGUAAGCAGUUUAUGCUUAUCUCCCCAGUCUCUGCCUGCCCUAUACUCCCAGAUCUCAGCUUUCAGUCCUAAAAUCUGCUGGCCUGGCAACUCUAGUCUAUGUACAUGCUACAACUGGGUGAUCCUCUUUUAUGUGAUGAGUAAUGACAUAAAGGAAUCAGUGGCUUUAAUCGAUAAUCCAUAUUUCUUUUCACAGACUUAGCUCUUGAAUGAACUACAAUGUGGCACUUCCUUUGGCUGUUCUUCUUUAAGGGUGUUCUCUGUAAUGAAAAUGCACUGACCAUAAACCCCAGUUCUCUGACUGCCUGGAAAGGAUCCUGUGUGUUGAUUCCAUGCCAAUUCAAGACACAUUUUCACACAUUUGAACUCCACAACACCUCCCUGAUUUGGUAUUCUAAGCCUGAGUGGGAUGCUGAUCUGAAAAAAUAUAAUGGUAUCUUGUUAUACAAUGGCUCUACAACCUCAGAAAACUAUAUGCCCUCAGCAAGUCCCACUUUUCAAGACCGGGUGAGCUUCACUGGGAAUUUAAACAACAAAAACUGCAGCCUGAAGAUUUCACAGAUCCAAGGAAGUGAUAAUGGUAACUUCGGAGCAAGACUUUAUGGUUAUGAUCAACAUUCGUCUAAAGUACAGAUGUGGUUUCUCAGUGCUUCUGUUCAGGUUUCUGACUCACCUCCAAAACCCAAGAUAAUGCUCAAUCCCAAGCAAAUCCAAGAAGGAAGGAGAAUUCAAGUGACCUGCUCAGUUUUUUACCAUUGUCCUGAUGAACCAGUAAUGGUGAUUCUCAGUGGCUUGGAGGAGGAGCGAGUAUAUCGCCAAGUACCAACUUAUGUUGACAGAGUGGCCCAGACAGUGCUGAGUUUUGCCCCGACUUGGAAGGACCACAGGAAACAGCUGACAUGUGUGCUGAAAAGCCACAAAGGGACAGAAUUAUCCCAGAGUACUGUGGAACUAGAUGUGAAACAUGCUCCCAAGGGAAUUCAGUUGAAUGCUAUUCCUGGGGUCACAGUCCAAGAGGGGAAGAAACUAUCCCUCAAGUGCAUGGUCAACAGCAGCAACCCAGCUAUCUUUCGGUACCAGUGGUAUAAGAAUGAAAACCUUCUGAGUUAUGAGAGGUUGGAUAAUGACAAAAUGGAAUUCAAUCCUAUACGAGAGCAGGAUUCUGGUAGUUACAAAUGUGUAGCUGAAAAUGAGGUUGGAUUUGCAAACUCAAAAAUGCUGACUAUAGAUGUUCAAUAUCCACCCAAAGAGACCAAAGUUAUAUGCUCAGCGUGUAAUGGAAAUGUCAAGGAGAAGGACCAAGUGGUCUUGCAGUGUUCUUCUAAAGGCAACCCCCCUCUCAGGCAUUAUCAGUGGUACAAAGUUAAUGAGCCAUCUGUAAUCAGCAAUCGUAAGGAGCUGCGUUUUGAGACAAUCCAGCCAAGCAAUUCCAGCACUUACUUUUGUAGAGCCUAUAACAGCAUUGGCAAUUCGACAUCUCCAUCUUUCAAACUCGAUGUUAAGUAUGGUCCUAAGGAUGUCAGACUUGCCAUUUUAAAUCACUUACCCAUCAAGGAAGGAGAUAAUAUCAAAUUUAACUGCUCUGUGGGUAGCAGUAACCCCACAAUUAGUCGGUACAAGUGGCUGAAGUCAACAAAUUACAUGGGUGUGCCUUCCAAACUACCAGUAAUAACCUUAUCUGCAGAACCUGGAUCUGCUACUUCUUACAAAUGUGAAGCAUGCAACACUAUUGCUUGUAUUACAUCUCCAGCAGUCACUGUAGAUGUGCACUUUGCCCCCAAGGAAGUAAAAGCUGUACAAAAACCACGAGGGCCAAUUAAUGAAGGCUCACCUGUGAAGCUGAUUUGUGAAGUGGGGAGAGCAAAUCCCACAAAUGUCACCUAUAUAUGGUACAAAGAUACGCAUCAGAUGAUCCAAGCAACUGCCAUACUGACCAUCCAGGAUGCGACUGCAAGGAAUUCUGGCUCUUACCAAUGCAAAGUCAAAAACAGUGUGGGCAUAUCCUCCUCCUCCCCUGUUUUGCUGGAUGUCCAUUAUGGGCCCCGUGACAUCCAUGUGUCUCUAAAUAUUCAAGAAGAUAUCACUGAAGGGAAGGAUGUUUCCCUGCGAUGUGAAAAUGAUGCUAAUCCUUCAGCAAAUAUUUAUAGUUGGUACUGGAAUGGGGAAGAGAUUGCUCAGAAGACGACCCAACUCCUUGAACUCCGAAACAUCCAGGUUGGGCAAUCAGGAGUCUAUUUUUGCAAAGUAUCCAACCAAGUUGCAGAGGGGGAGUCACUGCCUAUGAUCCUCAUAGUAUUCUACAGCAGAGCCACAAUGAUAAAACACACCUUGAUUGGCUUGGGCACAAUUCUUGCCCUGAUUAUCCUGCUGGGGUUGCUGGUCCAUGGGCUGCGGAGAUGGAAGAAAAAUAUUGAUUCAGCCCCUGGGGGAACACAGAGAUCCAGCUCUUUCUUUGUGAAAAAGGCCAAUGCAGAAAAACUCUGUAAUACUAACCACCGAGGAAAUGAAGAGGAAACAGACGGCUCUGUUGGAUUCUUGAACCAGGCUCCAGAAGUUUCCAUUACCUAUGCAACUGUCCAGUUCCCUCCCAGCUUUUCUGAUGGCCGUGUGGUUUAUGCCAGUAUCAAACAGCCAAGACUAGAUGUUGAUCCUUCGGAAGAAAGUGUCAUUUACAGUGUAGUAAAGAAACCUGGACUCCCCACAAAGGAAGACACCAAGCCUGACUAUGAGAAUGUGAACAAGAUGGAAGAAGAAGUCCACUAUUCUUCCUUGGUGAACCUGGCUCCAAAACCUGGCCCUACCUAUAUGGACUCAGAGACAGACUCUGAAUCAGAGGAUAGCAUCCAGUACGCAACACUGAAGCACUGAUCUUGAAAGUUACUACUUCCGGAUGUGUUCCACCCACAAGAAGGACUAUGUGUGGGAUAGAGCCUACAUUACCUAUACAGAGCCUAUGUUUUGCUCUUUGCAGUUCAGAUAGUAGAUCUUGAGAAUAAAGGUGAGAUGGUAGGAUUGUAACAAGGGACAAACAAGGCUGAGCCUAAGAUAUGUACUGUCCAUCAUGGACAAUGGAGGAGAUGUGGGUCAUGGGAAGACCCAGCUCCCUACAAUUAGUUCCCAUAAGCCUUAUCCAAUGGGAAAGAUCUGCUGUUGCCUUCAUCCUUCCCAACAAGCUAAUUUAUACUGUAGGAACAUUAGAAACUAACUGCUGUAUCCAUCAGAUUGUUUGUCCAUCUAGACCAAUGCAAUUCAUGUUGAUUAGCAGAAACUCUUCAGGACAAAGGUCUUUGCCAUCAUGUUUUUGCUAACAGAAAGAACUUGAGGAUAAAACUGGAGAUGAAGACAUUGAGAGUCAAGUUUAUAUGUACAGAAGAGGGAGAGAAAGUCAGUCCUGAGGCUGAAUCCACCCUCUUGAGGUCACAGUGCUCUCUGGACUUCUCAAGAAUGCCAAGCCCCUUACCUUUUGAUAUCACAGUUUGGUAAUUUGCAAGCUUUUGUAUGCCUGCCUCCACCCCAGAAUAUGAAUUGCAUCUCCCAAAGCUUAGGCCUAGUACACACUGGCACAAAACGUUGGACUGGGGCUGAUGUUAGGGCUCCAGAGGGCUGGGCAUCCAUAAACACCUACUAGUGGCGCGCGUGCACCAUCUUGCCGCAGCUCUGCCCCCAUGGGGCACACAGUAAUGACGUACAGGUGUCCACGCACCCAAAUAGUGCUUGCUGGAAGCGUCGUUGACAUGGCAUGCAAGUGCCAUUAUGGUGCUCCUAAAAGGUGCUUUAGGGAGCGCAUCAGUGCUGCGCCAUGUGGUUGAUGCGGCACCAAUAUGAGGAGCAAAGACAGGUGGCAUAGAGCUGCCCAUCUGUAUCCCCCCCUUAGUUGUUAGAUGUAUAAAUUGUAAGGACUCCAUUAAGGAAGCAACAGCCCUGAAUCUGCAAGGUCCGAGCAGGGCUGUUGCAAAGAGAAAUCUUGGUGGUUUCUCAUCCAUAAGGUUGCCAUAAGUCAAAUCCAACUUGACAACAGUUAACAACAAGGACAAAAGUGUGGUACUUUUUGGUCCUAUUCUGUAGCCUCUCAACUCACCCAACAAUGAAAUCUGAAAAUGAAUUUUAUUCUUGGACUGAAAUACAUCCCUCACCCUUGAUGUACACACUCUGCUCACCCUUUUUUUGCCUUUAUAUAAGCCCAAUGAAUUAAUCUAUAUGGAUAGUAUUUCUCUAAAGUCACAAACACGUCUGUUUCCUAGUCCUGCUACUGCAAUUCCAUUAAGUGAAUAAGCCAGAUACUCUGCAACAGAGUAUCCCCUUAAGCUAGGUUUGUAGUACUGUGAGCCCUAGUUUUCCCAAAAACCCAAUAAAAAUAUUU